GGCUUGGCUUAAUAAGUUUGGCUUCCUCUAUAGUUUUCUCUUCAUCAUCUUCUCAAAAUCUAAAUCCCUUCACCGGUGGCGGGAAUUUUUCUCCCACAUUAGUAACUAAUAACUUCAGAUUGAUCCUAACAAAUAACGAUGAUUGCCCUAAUCAAUCGUAGAACUUCAUCCAUACUUCAUUCUAAACAUAUCAUCUCCCUUAAAUUCAUCACUACUUACACUAGUAAAGAUUCUUCCUUUACUUCUAUAACUUCUCAGAAUGAAGAUAGUGGUCUUUAUGGAUUCAAAAUCUUAAAAUCUUCCAAGGGUUUUCGUCGCUUCGUUGAUGAAGCUAUCGAAAGGUCAGGAGAAUUGGUCUCUUAUAUAUCAGAAUCGCCUUCUAAUGUUGAGAUUAUUCGAGCCAUGGAUGAAAUAUCAGAUACGGUAUGCUCUGUAGUGGAUUCAGCAGAACUUUGUCGAAAUACUCAUCCCGAUAGAGAAUAUGUGGAGGAAGCUAAUAAGGCGACUAUGAGAAUUCAUGAAUAUCUACAUUUUCUGAAUACAAAUCAUUGCCUAUACAAUGCGGUAUUAAAGGCCGAGCAAGGUAGUUUGGAUAAAAAAGAAGCUCAGAGGGCAGCCCAUUCAUUACGUGUUGAUUUUGAGAAGGGAGGAAUCCAUCUUCCUGCUGACAAGUUGGAGCGAGUUAAUCAGCUAAAUAUCGAAAUUGCUCAGAUUUGUAGACAGUUCAAUGAAAAUAUUAUAAACGAUCCAGGUUUUGUAGACAUCUUUCCAGCUUCAUGUAUUCCGAAGCGUAUUCAACAUCUUCUCAGGCCCAUUUACUCUGCAUCAAAAGAAAAGGGUUUUCGAAUAACCACAGACCAGGGCACUUUGUCUUCUGUACUGCAAUGGGCUUCAGACGAAGAGGUUAGAAAGCAGUCGUACAUUCGAGGAAAUUCCGCUCCACGUGCGAACCUUGCUCUCCUUGAUAAGCUGAUAACUGCUCGUCAUGACCUUGCACAGAUAUUAGACCAUAAAACUUACGCGGAAUUCGCGGUUCAUCAAAACCUGUCUUCAUCACCAGAGGUUGUCAAGUCUUUUUUGGUUGAAAUGGCCGAGCUUGUUAGGCCUAAAGCGGACAAGGAAUUCAGCAAAAUUAGAAAUUUUAAGAGGGAAAGAUCUAAUUAUAAAAAUGGAGUACUGGAGCCUUGGGAUGAGGCCUAUUUCACAGGGAUGAUGAAGUCUUCUGCGUACAACUUAGAUUCCUCAGCCAUAUCAGCAUACUUUCCCUUAUCACAGUGCAUAGAAGGUUUGAAAAUGCUCGUUCAGUCAUUGUUUGGCGCAACUUUCUACAGCGUUCCUCUAGCACCCAGAGAAUCAUGGCAUCGUGAUGUGCUAAAAAUGGCUCUUCAUCAUCCGGAAGAGGGUGAUUUGGGGCAUAUUUACCUUGAUUUGUACUCGAGGAAGGGAAAAUUCCCAGGCUGUGCACAUUUUGCCAUUAAAGGUGCACGUCGAAUAUCAGAGACAGAAUACCAACUUCCUGUUGUAGCUCUUGUGUGCAAUUUCAAGGCUCCACCAGGUUCAUCAGCUGCCAGACUUGACCACUGGGAAGUUGAAACUCUCUUUCAUGAAUUUGGUCAUGCUCUCCAUUCCUUACUUUCUAGAACGGAUUACCAACACUUUUCAGGAACUAGAGUGGCUCUUGAUUUGGCAGAAACACCUUCACAUCUUUUCGAGUACUAUGCAUGGGAUUACCGAGUUCUGAAGACAUUUGCUAAGCAUUAUUCUACUGGUGAAGUUAUUCCUGAGAAACUGGUUGAAUCUAUGAAAGGUGCUAGAAAGAUGUUUGCUGCAACUGAUCUUCAGCGGCAGGUUUUGUACGCGUUGAUCGACCAAACUUUAUUUGGGGAGCAGCCAUCAUCAUCUGGAGAUACAAUGUCGGUUGUUGCGGAUUUGAAACGGCAAUACACGAGUUGGAAUCAUGUCGAAGGCACUCAUUGGCAUACAAGGUUCAAUCACCUUCUAAACUACGGAGCAGGUUAUUAUAGUUAUCUGUAUGCCAAGUGCUUUGCCGCAACUAUAUGGGAAGAAGUAUGCAUGGAGGAUCCACUGUCACUGACGGCAGGAUCCAGUAUUCAAACUAAAUUCUUGCAGCAUGGCGGUGCAGAGGACCCAUCUGUUUUAUUGAAGAACUUAGCGGGAGAUCAGAUUCUAAGAUAUCACAAUAAAGGAGGGAUUCUCCCUGACUUAACUAGCCUCUGCAAAGAAAUGGAAUUGUGAAAGAUGCCAAUGCCAAGGCAAUUAUUAUUACUAGUCUCCAAUCUCCAUCAGAAUUAUUUACUGGAGAGAGACUAGUCUUGUCAGUUGUUGGCAUGUUUCUAAAAAAUGUCAAGUACCUGAUUCACAAGGUGGCAAGUUUGUAAUUUGUAUACUAGGUGCAUGUGAACAGGAGUGUCACCCUGCAGAAUAUAUGCAACAAUGAGAGCAGUUUUGAAGUCCAAGAGAAGUAUUGAUGCUUUUUAUCUGUGGAAUCAAAUGUUUACUGCCUUGUCAUGAGCCAUUACUACUGCUGCUGCUUUUUUUUCUUACUGCUUAUUGUAACAACAGUAACAACAUUCCAGAUAAGAAAUAAUGAAAUAUACCAACAAAACUAUUUUUU